AUGCGCAUCAUAUUUCUAUAUCUGCUGUUUGACAUAUUCCCAUUCAAACGAAAACAAAUUCUCGAACACGUCACCGGUGCACAAAGCUCCCAAGUCGUACAGGAUGUGGAGCAGAUAUUUACAGACACUGACCUGUUACAAUAUAACGGGAAAGAAAGCGAAUAUCUGUACCUUGUAAUUUUGGGGCACGUUUACGAUGUCACAAAAGGUCUCAAACAUUACGGCCUUGGUCAGGCCUACCACAUGUUCAUUGGCCACGAUGCGUCCAGAUCUUUUGUAACAGGAGAGUUUGAUAAAUACAGCGAUGAAUUGAGCGAUGUUUCCUCGUUAACGGAUGCUGAACUGCAGCAGCUGCUUACAUGGAAAGAGUUUUACGACAAAACCUACGAUUAUGUUGGUAAAGCUGUUGGACGAUACUUUGACGACGAAGGCCAGCCCACGGCAUACUACAAUCACGUUCUAACUCGAGCAUCUAAAGCGGAACAGUCUAAAGACGUGCCCAAGUUCCCGUCUUGUAACGUAGAAUGGAAACCAGAGACGGGAACCCGUGUCUGGUGUACGAAUCGCAGUGGAAACGGUCAGGAACGAUCGUGGGUUGGACGACCAAGAAAAAUUGUGCCCGAUGACAGCGUCGAUGGGCAGAAUACUCAAUUUUGUGCAUGUGUACCGGAAAAGGUGUCUGAUGAGCAAUAUGUACCAUUCCCUGGUUGUGAUGAGAACGCAGAAUCAUGCGUCGUACCAGAUCAAAAUUAAAAGGCUUUAAUUUUAAGGAAUAAUUUAAUAAA